UGCGCGUCCUGGGCCAACUUCGAGUUUAUUCAUUUUGCCUUUGCCCAUUUUCAAGCGAAUAAGCGGGCCUGUCUCCUGCCGUGGCGCUUCGAGCAGCUGGAGGACAAAGACACCAAAGCCCGAAAAAUCCAAUCCAAUCCAACAUGGCGGCUAGUGGUGAAUGAAGUUUUGUUAUGAGCAGUAUGCACUGAAUUUACCAUUCCACGAUGUGGCUAAGAUGAUUUGAAUAGUGUACAUAGGUUGCGGACACACAAAAGAAACGAAACAUGACCGAUUUACUCAGGUCGGCGUUAGGCUAUUUUGCCAACACCAACGUGAAAGAGGAUCAUGAAUUCGUAGGGCAAGUAGUGGAGCUUGGACAGCAGAAAUUGCGUGUGAAAAGAGUCAUGGCUGAAGGUGGAUUUGGCUUUGUCUUCGCUGCACAGGACUUAUCAUCGAAUAGAGAGUAUGCUCUCAAACGCAUGUUUGCCGGUGACGAAGAUGCUAGCAAAGCCAUCCUUCAGGAAAUCAACGUUCUUAAAAAGCUUUCGGGACACCCCAAUAUCAUAGAAUUCUGUGCAGCUGCAGCUAUCGAAAAAAGUCAGUCUAGCCAUGGAAAGGCAGAAUAUCUUCUCCUCACCGAGCUUUGUCCAGGCGGCCCUCUGGUGGAUGUUAUGCAACAAAAAACUACACCACUUUCGCUAGAGCAAGUGGUUAAAACUUUCUAUCAGACCUGCUACGCCGUGCAACAUAUGCACACACAAAACCCUCCUAUUAUACACAGAGACCUAAAGAUCGAGAACAUGUUGCUGAGUUCCGAGGGUACCAUCAAGUUGUGCGACUUCGGUAGUUCAACGACAAAGUCCUACCAUCCCGACAACUACUGGACAGCGAUUCAACGGAGUCUCAUCGAGGAUGAAAUUUGUAAAAACACCACUCCCAUGUACAGGCCGCCCGAAGUGUUGGACACAUACAAUAACUAUCCCAUCAAUGAAGCCAUGGACAUUUGGGCUCUGGGCUGUGUGCUGUUUGUGCUCUGUUUCCGAGAACACCCUUUCCCAGAUUCAUCGAAGCUGCGUAUUUUGAGUGCAAAAUAUCAAAUACCGGCAGGCAAUACACAGUACGAAUUACUGCAUGACCUCAUUAAUGGCAUGCUGCAGAUCAACCCGACAUCACGGCCUACCAUUAAUGAUGUGGUUGAAAGGCUACAGGAAAUCGGUGAGGCAAAGGGAAUACGAUUGUCCGCUCCCCUUGGCCUAUCUCGAGCUCCUCCAGUCGAUCUUGCCACUGGCCCUGCAGGUAAGAGGUCAGAGGACACUACUACAACUUCACCAGCGAGUGUACGAAAUUCAUCACCAGCCCCUGAGGCAGUGCAGCAGCAGCACUACGGCGGCCCUUCUGCAGCUAUUCCUAACUCUGUAGAAGGGGGAGGAAGUUGGGGCUCCGGUGGGGCAGGUCUCCUGACGUCUCUCCGAGGGGGCGCUGGAAGCCUGCUCAAAAAGUUGGGAGACACCUCGUCAAAGGUUAUGCAAAUGGCACAACAGUCCAUGGGAAAGUCAGAUCUCGACUUCAACUACAUCACCAGCCGUAUUGCUGUGAUGUCCUACCCAGCCGAAGGUUUGGAAUCGGCUUAUCGCAACCACGUCGAAGAUGUGAGAGCUCUGUUGGACACUCGGCACAAGGGACACUAUGCAAUCUACAACGUGUCGGGCCGGGCGUACUCCUCGGCCAAGUUCGACUGCAAGGUCACGGAACGUGGUUGGGUGGCCCGUAAGGCCCCUCCGCUUCACGUGCUUGUCUCUCUCUGCCGUUCGAUGUUGUCUUUCCUCAACCAAAGUCCGCGUAACAUCUGCGUCAUCCACUGUCUCGAUGGCAAGAUGUCAUCCGCUGUGCUUGUGUGUGCAUUCCUUGUCUUUUGUCACUUGUUUGACACUCCAGAAGAGGCGCUGCAGAUGUUUGCCGUCAGACGGUGUCCCGUUACGUUGUGCCCUUCGCAGUUUAGGUACAUUAACUACUUGUCACAAAUGGUAUCGAAAGAUAAUCCCACGUUACCGCACCGAUAUCCGCUACAGUUGGUGUCACUCUCGAUGAAGCCUGUACCCCUGUUUACGAAAUUAAGGGAUGGGUGCCGUCCUUUUGCUGAGGUCUGCGUGGGGGAAGAGAGGGUCCUGAGCACUUGCCAGGAGUACGACCGUAUCCCCCACCACAACUACGCUGAGAAGCAGGCAGCCAUUCCACUCUGUGUGAACGUUGCUGGCGAUGUUACCAUCGCUGUUUACCAUGCUCGGUCGUCAUUCGGAAAGGUCUCGCCUAUUAAGAUAUGCCAGAUUCAGCUCUACACUGGAUUUGUUGCUCCUGGCAAUAAAGUGCUAACCUUCUGCAAGCAUGAGAUGGACGGGAUCGAGGAAGUGGACCGCUACCCUGAGGGAUUCACGUUGCUUCUCGAAGUGCGACUCGGAGAUCAGCCGAGCCAGCGGCUCAGCAAUGGAACCUGGGCUGAUUUGGAGCACCUUGAGACGAAUGCUGCUGUUCUGUUUGCUAGUGAUGACGAAUUGGAAGCUUGUGUCAGCCACUUUUCACGCAAUGCGCCUCCACGUCCCCCACCUCCGGCGACACCAAGCAUGCCGAGCAGGGAAGCGUCACCAUUACCUUCAGAGCCGAGUGCAAGUCCGAGUCCUUCAGCUGAGAACCUCCUGAGCCAACAGAGGUCAAACACUUCCACCUCCAACGGAUCGGCACAGCCAUUCGUGCAACAGCCAAAAGAAGCAAAUCUCCUCAACCUGUCCAGUUUUUCCAUUGACGAUCAUGAGGAUCCUUCUCGUAACGCAGCGCCUGGUUCUACAGGGAAAACAGUUGAUGAUCUUCUCGGUUCCGGUACAACUGCUCCUCCUCUGGCAUCUAAUUUUGAUUUGCUGGUUAAUCCACAGGCAGCCCCCUUAAUCAGCGACCUGCCAGCUCAGCCCGCAGCCCCAUUUGACCCAUUCGCAGCAAGUGACUUGCCUUCAAUCAAUUUGCUGGAAGCUAAGACGCCUACUUCAGUGCCCGGUGCGAAGGGUGAUAUUUUUGAUCCCUUUGGUACAGCUGCUCCUUCAGGAAGUGCAUGGAGUGGAAGCAGCCUCAGUGCUGGCAACACGCCACAGCACAAACAGGGGUGCAUUCCGAGCAGCGUGUCGGCAUUCAAUGUCACCACAACAACAGCGUCCCUCGGUGGGAUGACCCCCGGAAGUUCUGGUGCUGCCAUGCAUGACCCUCUACCAGGUACAUUGUUUCCUGGUGGCACUUGGGUUCCCUUGGUUCCAGCGCCAGGAGCUGGAGGGGCUGGCCUUACUCGGAAUGCUUCCACUCCAAACUUGGAGGCUCUCUGCCGCAAGAAUGACCCCUUCGCUGACCUUGCAAACCUGACCGGCGGCUCGCCUGCACCAACAGGCAUGUCUGGCGCAACAGCCGGUUUUGGUUCAUGGCAGCCAAAGCAAGGGCCUCCUGGUGCAGCCUCUUUUCAACCUCAGGCCACCAAUAGUCCACAGCACAUGAGCAACAAAGCAGGGGCAGGUAACGGGCAGUGGGCUGGCACAGGGGUCCAAAAGCCCGUAGAAGCAGCAACGGCGACACCGCCUCGACCCAACUACAGUUCCUCGGCCACUCAGGGAGGCACUGCAGGCGUUUUCCAAGACAAGGCUCCUAAUUCAGGUGCCACAGGACAGAAGGCGAAGCUGACGGAGAACACUUUUGACGACCUGCUGGGUAGCCAAGGUUUCUCUUGUUUUAGUAAGAAAGAUACAGGGCCCAAGACAAUGGCUGAACUGCGCCGAGAGGAGAUGGCUAAGGAGAUGGAUCCCGUCCGGCUCAUGAUUUUGGAUUGGACGGCCAAUAAAGAGCGCAACAUCCGGGCACUGCUUUGUUCCCUGCAUACAGUGAUGUGGGAAGGAACACGCUGGAGUGAGGUAGGCAUGCACCAGCUCGUGUCUGCCGCCGACGUCAAGAAGAUGUAUCGCAAAGCUUGUCUUGCUGCUCAUCCUGACAAGCAAGUGGGCACAGAACAUGAAGAACUGGCCAAGCUCAUCUUCAUGGAACUCAAUGACGCAUGGAGUGAGUUUGAGAAACAGCAAGGACUCGCCUAGUCGCAUGACAUUUUUUUCCAAUUUGUGUCCUGCAACGCAGUGCUGUGUAUCCUCUCCACUUUCCUCCGAACACUUUAUCGUGUGUUUCUCAUACGCUACACGUUAACCCGCUUUGUCUUUUUUCUCCAUGACCUCCUAGCAUCUCUAGCCAUUUCUUCCUGUAGGAGAUGCAGUAUGACUAAGUCAUCAAUAUAAAAUGUAUACUUUUUUGGGAUGUGUAACCAGAACAAUCGGGAGCCUGUCGUUUGGUUACGAAAAGUAGCUCCAUAAAUAUAUAAUGCCUUUUCCGUGACUGUUCCCGUUUUCGUGUUACUAGUUCUGCGUCUAACCUUGCUGUUCUGGUUGCUAAAAUAUACGAGCUACUAUAUUUCAUUGUUGGGCCACGCAUCCAAGAAGAAAAAAAAAACGUUUUAUAUUCAGUGAAACGGUGAGCUGAAAGCUUUUUUUUAUUUAGCUUCUAUUUUAGGUGGUCUUCUAAUGCUGUCUAAUUGAGAAAAAUUUUCGAGCUUCUUUCUCACUUUUUGAGCGUAUCAUGAUGCCAUUAUAUCCGCGUUCACACCUCUCUGGAAAAUGAGUUGGUAUCCGACAGUUGCAGGUGGUUUCAGCGAAGGUUACAAUUUACAUCAGGUUGGAACGUUUGUUUACAGUUCUGCAUAUUGUCAUUAGGGUGUUCCUAGAUCAGUGUACAUAACGAGUUAUGUUCAUGAGGCCCAUUUUUCAUUGCACAAAGGUUGCUAUGUUUAGUCACUCUUCACGUUUAUAUAUCGAAGGUCCUUCUACACGUUCAACAAAAGCCCUUUGCAGUCAUGAAAGGGCGUCAGGAUGUGAAUAAUGUAAAUGUCACAAGAAAGAUCUGUUUCCUUGGCACCUGUCUGCGUCGCAUGUACGAGGACAAAAGAAGUGCGUCACUGUUCAGAGGUUGCUCCUGUGCAUUAUUCAAAUGCUCUGUCGAAUUGCAGGGGCAGUGUGAGGAGCUUGCUGUGAUAGCUGUAAAUUGAUUUCAGCAUUAGCCAGGCAGUGUACUUUUUCGACAAAAUAAGAAAUUUCUUGUCUUAUUGUUCACUGAGGCGUCCGUUUAACCUUUCACAAGCUCGGUGGUGUUGCCACAAGCUUGGCAUUUUGUGUUGUUUUUGUUACGCAAAUUGUUUGCUCAGAGUUCUUGCCAUGCCAACAGAUAGAGUUAAAGUAUGGUUUCCAGGAAAUGCACGCUUUCUUUCUUUCUUUUUAAAUAUACUUUUAUUAGACAUUCCAUUUUUUUUUUUUUUUUUUCUACGGUGGAAUACUCAUGGGUCGUUGUUUGCCUUCUGUGCUCAUUUCUUGUAUUCCAUAUGGAUUCAUAAUGCUAUGUUUGUUUGUACAUAAUAGUGGGUAAAACAGUUGGAGCGUUCUAGGAUAUUGUGUGUUGGAGUACACGUAAACAUACUCCUUGCUUGAUAGUGAUGGAAUUAUACUACCAUGAAAUUGUAUCCCAAGAGCCGCAUAUUUCAUAAAGUUGAGUUGUUACCGUUGUACAUAGUAUUUACUGCCCGAUGUCACUGCAGGUGCUUGCCUGCACUUAAUCAUAUUUUUUUGAAUGUACGCUAUACUAUAUAUAUUGGUUGUGGUUUGUUUGCAGUAAUUGUAGCAUAAACGUUCCACGAGAAAAAAACAUAUUCGAACUGGUGUGUAGUCUGGUCCAGUAAAGAUUUUCCUGAAAGCCAUCCCACACAAAGCAUCGUCUGCCGUUGCUUGCCAACGCAUUGGUCUAAGAAAGAACAGGUACUCGUGCCGGGUGCUGACACUAGCUGAUGAAGAUGUCCAAUGACCGGCCAGACUACAGUAAGCGCAUAAAUCUGGGCGACCUUCGCUAUGAAGUCCAUUUAUUUCACUGUACAUUGUUUCAACUCUGGAGUCAACAGACUACGAGAAAACUGAAGGCAGUUGUCUCUGAAUAUCAACAUCUUUAAAUUCAUGUUGGUACAAGUACUUACAAUUUUAAUCUUCUGAUGAUGUGUACUGCUACUACUACUACUACUAGAGCAUCAUUUUAGACUCUAGAACAUAGGCUGUUGCGCCAACAUUUGUUUCUUGCUCCAAAUGGCCGACCACCUUUGUAGCGUCACUUCUAUCCCGGCCGCGGGGGGUCCCCGAAAUCCACCAUUAAGAAUAAACGUUUAAGAAUAAAACAUUCAAGAAUAAUCCGCUUAAAAAAUACACGGUUACAAAUAUAUCUCCUAAAAUAAACCGCUUACUAUCCCCACUUAGAGAGCACCGUUUAAUGAUCCACCAUUAAAAAUAAACUGUUUCAAAAUCCCCUCACCAUCUAGCACGGAGGAGGUCUGAUUGCAAUUUAUGCCAGGUUAUAUCAUGUUAUGUUAGGUUAGUCUAGUUUGGUUUCGGUUAGUUUGGGAUAGUUUAGGCUAGUUUGGUCCUGUGAGGUUAGGUUAAGCCCCUUGCUUGCAGUUCACUUUGAUUUGGGCCAUACCACAUGACUCUAGCAACUGUAGGGUGGAUUUGGGGGGAUUCUGAAACAAUUUAUUUUUAACGAUAUAUUCUUAACCGUGGAUUCCUUAGCGUUUAUAUUUAAACGGGGAUAUUUUGCAGAUUAUUUUUGUGCGUUUAUUUUUAAGCGUAUAUUCUGGGAGAUAUAUUUUUAGCGUAUAAUCUGGGAGAUACGCGUUUAUUUUUGAAAUAUUAUUUCUAAUGGUUUCAAACGGGAUACACCCCCGGCCGCUACACACCAGACCGAAGCAACGACAUUCUGGGGCACUUAAAUGUUUGUGCAUAAUCAGUUUAACUAACUUGCAUACAUUCUCGUGUCUAAUUGUAGCUGCCUUGAACGCUGCACUUUUGAAACGAGUGCGUGAACGAGAUGCAGCACUAGCAUACAUGUAGCAAAGAAUGACUAGUCAACACCAGGCACAUGGUAUGACUUAUCUACAAGGACUGGAAAGGAAAAAAAAAAACGUUGUAAGUGUGCACAACAUUCCUCGCAAGUCUUGGCUGUUGACGUAGACUUAUGUCAUGUUUCCACGGCCAAAUCAGCUGCUGUCCUGCGAACCUGUGACAUGUGUAAAUUAUUGCGGUGCAACUCUCCAUGUGUACAGAAUUGAAUGGAUAGAUCAAAUAAAGCUCUUCAUGAACAAGA